CGUAUGCGCCAUAUCAUCUCGCUUCUCUGCUCUCUCUCUAUAUGCUCUGUGGCGCUCACACUUUCUCUCUCUUGCUCUCUGUUGUUCCAGUCUGGCCUGAAUGAGUUCACAUGCCUUCUUUAGAUAUUACUAAUUUCAAGUCUCCUUUCCAAACUUACCUUGGACCACCGUGCACUCGUUUGCAUUUUAAUGAAUCUACUUCAUUACGAUGUGCUUUUAAAGAAGGGCAGAGAGUUGGUCCUACAUGGAAAGUGUGCUUCCGUAUCCAACAUAAAACGAAGUUUGAAAGGAGCCAUAUUUCUAUGCAAAAUGGGGUUUCCAUUAAGGCUGUGGCCACAAUGGAUUUAGACUAUUUGGUUCAGAGUCAGAGUGAAGGUGGAGAGAAAAAUCAUUUAUCAUUGAUUUCUGAUGGAAAUUGUGAACCGAAUCAGUUGUCAACUGAUGAUUCUGCUGAACUGGAUGAAAACGAGAGGCUGAGACGAAUGAAAAUAUCAAAAGCAAAUAAAGGAAAUGUACCCUGGAACAAAGGCCGGAAACACAGCCCAGGAAAUGUACCCUGGAACAAAGGCCGGAAACACAUCCCAGAAACGCUUCGAAAGAUUCGUGAAAGAACUAAACUGGCUAUGCAGGAUCCAAAGGUCAAGAUGAAGUUAGUGAACUUGGGGCACGCCCAGAGCAAAGAGACAAGGGUGAAAAUUGGACAAGGAGUGAGAAUCGGUUGGGAAAGGCGUAGAGAGAGGUUAGCAUUACAAGAGACUUGCUGUCUUCAAUGGCAGAACUUGAUCACCGAAGCUUCUAGAAAAGGAAUACAUGGUGAAGAUGAGUUACAGUGGGAUUCCUACGAGACACUGGAUAGGGAGCUGGAGAAAGAGUGGCAAGAGAGCAUCGAAAGAAGGAGAUCAAUGCCUAGGCCCAAAGGUGGUAGAAGAGCCCCAAAAUCACCCGAGCAAAGGAGGAAGAUAUCCGAGGCCAUUUCGGCCAAAUGGGCAGAUCCUGAAUAUAGAGAUAGAGUUUUCUCUGGGCUUACUAAAUACCAUGGGACCCCAGUUGGAGCAGUCAGAAGAUCACCAAGGAGAAGGCAAAUGGAGGAUGCCAAUGCUAUGAAAAGCAGCCCCAUAAAGAAGCAAGAAAUGCUUAAUAGUGGUGGAUCAACUGGGAAAGCUGGACCAAAGAGUAAAGAGAUUUCUACUCCUUCAUAUACUGAUCCAUUAGCUAACUCCAAACUUGAAAUGUUAAAGAAAAUCAGAAAACAAAGGGCGGCCAUGGAAACUAAGAAAAAAGAAGCCACAGAAAGAGCAAGGUUGUUGAUUGCUGAAGCCGAGAAAGCUGCGAAAGCCUUAGAAGUUGCUGCCAUGUCCAACCCUCUGGCUAGAGCCACACUUGCUGAAACCAGGAAACUAAUUGCAGAGGCUACUCGAUCACUCGAAAGCAUAGACAAUGGGCAGAUCAAUUCACACGCUCAGGACCAACAGGUCCUGAAUACUUCAACUCCCAAUCCUGAGCUAAUUAAGACAUACAUGAAUGGCAAACACCAUCUCACUCAAAGUGACAAUAAAUUUGAGAACUUUGGUUUCGAUAAGCUGGCUCUGCAGAAUGUAAUGAAUGGCACGGAGGAUCCUGACACCAUUAAUAAUGUGAGAGAAAGGUCCGAGAAUGCAGGUCUUGGUUACUUAUCAUGUUCCUUACAGAGUGGUAAUGCUACAUUUGAGCAUAAUUGUCCUGCUACGCAAGAAAAGAUUGUGGCUGAAGGAGUGAGGUUGGGAGCUGAAAUGGGGAUUUCUCAGUUUAGGAAAACUGAAAGUUCUGCCUCUGCAACUGCCACUAGGAAAAAAUGGGUUUGUGGAAGGUUGGUUGAGGUGGAGGAUGAUUAGAAGAUGCAAUAGUUGUAACUUGUAAGUAUGAUUAUAUUUGGCAUUAGUUUUGGGUGGCUGUAAUCUUGUAGAAGAGUCAUUUAGUUUAGUGGGGCACAUCUCCCUCUCUCCCUCUCUCUCUGUGUAGUGAGGUCCUCCAAUUAGUUUAAAUGAGAUGUAAUCUUAUGAAAGAAAACAUUUGUUUUGGUGCUCAGUUUUUACUCUCUCUUGAGCAUCUGAAUAUGUAUUGACAUGUCAUUUUACCAUGAGCAAUGCGUGGUUAUUUCAUAUGCUAA